AUGAAUAUAUCUAAAUAUGCCCACGCCAAUGGCGGUGCUGGGCUUAUGAAGAGUGUAGAAGAAGUCGAAGAGAAGCCUCCCGUGAUCGAUGCCGGGUUACGGAGUUUAGAUCAUUACAAGCGCGCUCUUCCGAAAUGGCGGUACGAAUUGCGACAACGAGCUCUCCCUCUCGUCAGAUGGGAGACACCUUAUUUAGCCUGGCUACAAGAUAGAUUGCGAUCUCCUGCGCUCGACAGUUACUUUGCCAUCACGGCUAACCUCGGCACCCAUACCUUUUUCAUGAUCGGUCUACCGAUAAUGUUCUGGUGUGGAAAUGCUUCCUUUGGGAAAGGCAUCGUACACAUCCUUGCGACGGGUGUCUUCUUCACCGGCUUUGUUAAAGAUUUCUUCUCACUACCGCGACCACUCUCUCCGCCCCUCCAACGUAUUACCAUGUCUGGAUCUGCAGCGCUUGAGUAUGGUUUUCCUUCGACCCAUUCUGCCAACGCCGUCUCUGUCGCCGUCUACGCUAUUCUAUGCCUCCACGACCCCGACAAUCCAUUCCAGCCCGCCACACGCUCCGCCCUCGAGGCGCUCGCCUACUUCUACGCCAUUAGCAUCGUCUUCGGCCGCCUCUACUGCGGCAUGCACGGCUUCGUCGACGUCAUUAUCGGCUCCCUCAUGGGCGCCAUCAUAUCUCUUGUCGAGUUUUACGGUGGUCCUGUCCUCGACCUUUAUCUCGAGGAGAGCUGGCCAAACCUCUGCGGUUUAUUACUACUUAUUAUCAUCUUGAUUCGUAUACACCCUGAACCCGCGGAUGACUGCCCUUGUUUCGACGACAGCGUGGCCUUUGCAGGUGUCAUGAUGGGACUUGAGAUUGGUACAUGGCGCUUUGCACGGUCCUCGUGGGCUGACAUUCCGUUUGACGCUGUGGCGCUAGGGUGGGUGGCUGUCGCGUUGCGCAUCCUGUUCGGCGUGUUGGUCAUAUUUGCAUGGCGCGAGGUAGCUAAGCCGUCGCUACUGAAGGGCUUACCGCAUCUGUUUCGGCUCAUCGAAAUCUGGGGCCUCAUUUUGCCACGCCGCUUUUUCAUGCCCGCCUCCGAGUAUAAGAACAUUCCUCUACGUCUCCGCGUCGACAACGUUAUGCCUAACGUGAGCGAUCUACCGAACUUAAUCACAGCUGUACGACAUCCCGGUCGCGGCCGUUCUGUCAGUGUUGGCCCCCAGAGUGCAGCCGACGCAUACGAGACGCUGGCGUACCGUGAGCGCAGGCGCAGGGAAAGCGUCAGCGUGGGGGCUGGAAAUGCAGAAAAUAAUGUUGCUACUGGUAGCAAUACUAGUAACGGCGCGUUGCGUAAUAGAGCCAGCGUACAGGAUAUCCGCCAGCAAGAAGAAAUUGAUAAUGCGCGUAGCUCGGCCGUUAACAAUAUCAACGGCGCUCAUAAUAAGCCGAGCGACUACGAGAAACUAAUGGGAGAGGGCACGGUGGUGGUCUCGCCGGCCGAGACAGGUGGGGAGCCGGAUUUAGUAGUGGGGCAACAUGAUGAGCUAGGUGAGAAUGAGGUCUUCUCUAGACUAGUAAAGCCGCGGGUGCGGUAUGAUGUUGAGGUUGUUACGAAGUUGGUUGUGUACUGUGGAAUCGGCUGGCUGGCUGUCGAAAUCGUGCCCGUACUGUACGAGGUCAUUCCCGGCUUAGGCGCCAGUCACCUCCGAGUGGCGUAG